AUGACCACAAAUGUUGGAUGGAUGGAUCAUGGUCACAGAGUGGCAGCCCGUUCUCCUGGAAUUGGUUACUCAAAACUUAAUAUGUACAAUUUUCGAGUAUUACAGAUAUGCAUAAAGGACAUAUUUUCCUGGAUCUUGGAUGCGUUUCAAACCUUGGCCAAGUCAAGCCUUGAUUCCCCCCGUCUCUUGUUAAAGUUGCCAGGGCCCCUUGUUGCUCAUGGACCAGUAAUCAGCCACAGAGCAGCAUGGAGUGACGGGUUAAUGUUGUUGUUGGACCAAGGUCUUUGCCAUGAAUUAUCCUCUUGUGGUAGAGCUGAUUGUCAAAGCCCUCCAGUCCGCCGUUGGAGAUUCACUCGUCCGAGCGGUGGAGCUAUGCAGUGGUUAGGUGUUUGA